UUUGUACAAGGUUCAGUCAUUCAGUAUUUCACAGCCUGCCCACCUUAAAUCAAGACCGCUCAGAUUUAAUCGGGUAUGCAGACCAUUGUGCUGUUGGUGCUGUGGGUACUGGGGACAUCACUGGUGUUGCCAGACCCUGACACAGCUGGAGUAAAGGUAACUGAAGAGCCUAUUCCAUGUUCUAAGGGAUGUGCCUGCCUGCACGAUGACUACAGCUUUGAGCUCAACAUGUACUGCAGUGCUCGUAACUUCACACAAGUCCCGUCUGACAUGCCAACAUCCACUCACUCUCUCUGGCUGGACGGUAACUUGUUCACCACACUCCCAGCAGUGUCUUUUAAGGAUCUCACCAACCUGGACUUUUUGAAUCUGCAAAGUGGCAAGCUGGUGGCACUUGACCCUCAAGCUUUCAAAGGGCUUAUGUCACUAGCACACAUUCACCUUGAGCGAAAUUACAUCCGCGCGUUACCAGGUACAAUCUUCCAGAAUACACCUAACCUUGCUUCACUUAGUCUGCACAACAACCAGCUCACUCGUAUUGAAGAGAGACUAUUUGCAGGACUCUCACACAUGUGGCUUCUCAACCUAGGAUGGAACUCAAUAGCAGUCUUGCCUGAAGCAGCUUUCCAAGACCUGCAAGGUCUACGAGAGCUUGUUCUUGCAGGAAACAGACUCGCUUACUUGCAGCCACAGCUUUUCCAGAAUCUUGUUGAGCUUAAAGAGCUGGAUCUAACAGGAAAUUACCUAAAGGUCAUCAAAGCUAAUGUGUUUGUUAAACUCACUAAACUGCAAAAGCUUUACCUGGCCCAGAAUCACAUUGUGACAGUGGUGCCCAGAGCCUUUGCAGGUAUGAAGUCGCUCAGAUGGUUGGAUCUCACAAACAACAGGCUGACUUCUCUGCAUGACGAAACUUUCUUCGGCCUGCUUAACCUUCACGUACUGCGUCUCUCCAACAACUCCAUCACUGGAAUUAGGCCCAGGACUUUCCGGGAUUUGCAGUAUUUAGAAGAACUAAGACUGAGUUACAACAAGAUACGAGCCCUGGGGGAGAGGAUCUUUGAAGGGCUUGGUCAUCUGGAGGUCUUAGAACUAGAACACAAUCAAGUGCAAGAAGCACAAAUGGGUAGUUUCACAGGCCUCCCUCAUGUGGCUGUUAUCAACCUGUCUGGAAGCUGCUUCCACAGUCUGCCAGACCAAGUAUUCAAAGGGCUGUCAAAGCUUCACAGCCUUCAUCUGGACAGAGGCUGCCUCACAAGAAUCACAACUCAAGCUUUCACUGGACUUUCUGGUCUAAGGAGGCUUUUCUUGCAGCACAACAACAUCUCUGUGGUGGAACGCCAGAGCUUUGCAGAUCUGGUGGGCUUAUUGGGACUGGAUUUGAGUUUCAACAAGUUGGAGGUUCUCACACCCCACACAUUCUCUGGCCUCAAAAAUUUGGAAUACCUGCUGUUGUCCAACAAUGACUGUCGACAGUUUUUGCAGAACGGCACAAAGCAGCUACUUCCAAAGCUGCGCUAUCUGGAUCUGAGGGCUAAUGCCUUGACAAGCAUGGUCCCUGAUUUCCCAGGUAACAUGGAAAAACUUUUGCUGUCUGGGAACCGAUGGAAAUGUGACUGCAGCACCUUCCCGCUCAGAAACUACAGCUUGAGGAAUCCGUUGGUGAUCCCUCGCCGCGUGGAGACCCACGCAGAGGGUGAAGAGCCUGACACAACUAUCACCAUAUACAACAACAUUACAUGCACCAGCCCACCACGUCUAGCUGGUCAGGACCUACGGGAUAUUGACAAUGAAGUCUUCCAAAGCUGCUAAGCAGACACAU